AUGAAAUUCCCAUUUCUCAAAAAGUCUGGCAGUGGCGGGACGAAGUCCCCGCCACUGACUGACCUGUCGGGGGAAUCAUCAGCGGCCGAUCGCGAGAAGAGAGGCAGCUUUAUGGAUGAAUCUCGUGUGCCGUGGGUGACAUGGCGGUCCGUACUGCUGGGUGCUUUUGUCUCGAUUGGUGGUAUCAUUUUUGGAUAUGAUACUGGCCAGAUCUCGGGCUUUUUGGAGAUGCACAACUACAAACAGCGAUUCGCGCAGCUCAAGCCAGAUGGGACUUUUAGGUUCAACAAUGUCCGGUCAGGGCUGAUAGUCUCCAUGCUAUCCAUCGGAACAUUGAUAGGAGCCCUUGUCGCUGGUCCAUUGACAGACCGAAUUGGCCGAAAAUGGUCGAUCUUUUUCUGGUGCAUCAUUCUCCAUGUUGGGUUGAUCAUCCAGAUCUCCUCGCCCACAGGAAAGUGGUAUCAGGUGAUGAUGGGGCGCUUCAUAACCGGGUUUGGCGUGGGAGCCUGUUCGCUUCUGGUCCCCAUGUACCAGGGUGAGAUUUCACCGAGGCAUAUCCGAGGAGCUAUGGUGUGCUCCUAUCAGUUAUUCGUGACAUUGGGCAUCUUCGUCGCAAACUGCAUCAAUUUCGGCACGGAGAGCUUGGACAGUUCAGCAUCCUGGCGGAUCCCACUCGGAAUUACAUUCCUGUGGGGUCUCGUUCUUGGAAUUGGCAUCCUUUUCUUCCCCGAGAGUCCUCGGUAUGACUUCCGCCAUGGCCGUGUGGAACGGGCACGGCGCACCAUGUCUAAGCUGUAUGGCAUACCCGAGAACCAUCGGGUGAUCGUGCAUGAGAUUGCAGAGAUUCAAGAACAACUGGAUGCCGAGAAAGGUUCACGCGGUGGCAUCCGGGGAUGGUUUGAGAUGUUCAACGCGCCGCGCAUGACCUAUCGUAUUGUACUCGGCGUGGUGCUCCAAGCUCUGCAGCAGUUGACCGGUGCCAACUACUUCUUCUACUACGUUAGCAUCCUUUUACCUCCCCUGUAUUAUGUCUUUUCAACUAAUUCGAUCCAGGGCACUGUAAUCUUCAAUGGGGCGGGCAUCAAAAACACAUAUGUGACACAGAUGAUCCUGGGCGGCGUGAACUUCGGCACGACAUUCGGCGGCUUGUACGUGAUUGAGCACUUCGGGCGCCGCAAGUCAUUGAUUGCGGGUGGAAUCUGGAUGUUCUGCUGCUUUAUGAUCUUCGCAUCUGUGGGUCAUUUCUCGCUAGACGUUCAGACGCCGGAGAAUACACCGGCGGCCGGUACCGCCAUGGUGGUCUUCGCAUGUCUGUUCAUCACAGGCUUCGCGAUGACCUGGGGUCCGAUGGUAUGGGCAAUUGUGGCGGAGCUAUACCCAUCGAGGUACCGGGCACGGGCAAUGGCCAUGGCGACGGCGUCAAACUGGCUCUGGAAUUUCCUGAUUGGAUUCUUCACGCCGUUUAUCACCGGAGACAUUGACUUUGCGUAUGGAUAUGUGUUCGCCGGUUGUCUGUUUAUCGCAGUGCUCGUUGUCUAUUUCUUUGUUCUGGAGGGCAAGGAUAAGACACUGGAAGAGAUGGACAUGAUGUAUGUGAUGCGUGUGCCACCAUGGAAGAGUAGCAAGUGGCAGCCACCGGCGCCAGAAGACCAGCUCACCACCGAUCAGCUUAUGGACCGGAAGAUGGCCAAGAAGUAUAACGAGGAGGAGGAGACUGCAGCAAGCAGAAAAGUGGCGGAGGGUACGCCUGGGCAUUCCCAUGCAGAGAAUCCUGAGGAUGCUGCUGGGACUGGCCCCUCGCAGCGUUCUUGA